AGUUCGCUUCAAUCCAUCUUUUUCAGUAUAUCCAUGUCUUGCAAAGGAGCUCAACCAGUCAUAAACGCUGUGCUGUCACUUUUCUCUCGUGUACCAGUAUAAACAAACUCAAAAAUUAAUCAUAAUUUUUCAGAGCACACUCAUAUUGCUGAAAACAACUAUGAAUUUCCUGUUUUUCUUUUUCUUCCUGGGAGCUUUCUUAGGGCUAACGAGUGCUAGUGAUUGGACGGCAGAAGAAAAACAACGUUUCGAACGAUGUAUGAAGAAAUGUUUGGCAAACAAGGUGUUUGCCAAACAUAAACAGAUAUGCGAAAAGAGGUGUAUGUGCUUCGUAUUUCAUCAGUGCCAUUGAAUGAAACGAGGACUUUUCCUCAUUGCCUGUUUCUUCUUGUGAUAAGAUGAAAUAAAGCAUUGUGCAGUGUGUUUGCAGAGA